AUGGUCGUUGAUGUAGAAGUUACCUUUUUUAUAUUUUAUUUCGCUUUUUCUUGCACGACUCUUGUUUUGUUUGGCCGAGGCAGCAGCGUGGUUGAAGAUGCGUGGUCUGUUGUGGUAGAGAAGUGUGGUUGCUCGGUGACUGUGUCUUCUUCUUCUUCUUCUUCUUCUUCUUCUUCUUCUUCUUCUUCUUCUUCUUCUUCUUCUUCUUCUUCUUCUUCUUCUUCUUCUUCUUCUUCUUCUUCUUCUUCUUCUUCUUCUUCUUCUUCUUCUUCUUCUCCUCCUUCUGCUUCUUCAUCUACUUCUUCUUCUUCUUCUCCUCCUUCUGCUUCUUCAUCUACUUUUCCUUCUUCUUCUUCUCCUCCUUCUGCUUCUUCAUCUACUUCUUCUUCUUCUUCUCCUCCUUCUGCUUCUUCAUCUACUUCUUCUUCUUCUUCUUCUUCUUCUCCUCCUUCUGCUUCUUCAUCUACUUCUUCUUCUUCUUCUUCUUCUUCUUCUUCUUCUUCUCCUCCUUCUGCUUCUUCAUCUACUUCUUCUUCUUCUUCUUCUUCUUCUUCUUCUUCUUCUUCAUCUUCUUCUUCUUCUUCUUCUUCUUCUUCUUCUUCUUCUUCUUCUUCUUCUUCUUCUUCUUCUUCUUCUUCUUCUUCUUCUUCUUCUUCUUCUUCUUCUUCUUCUUCUUCUUCUUCUUCUUCUUCUUCUUCUUCUUCUUCUUCUUCUUCUUCUUCUUCUUCUUCUUCUUCUUCUUCUUCUUCUUCUUCUUCUUCUUCUUCUUCUUCUUCUUCUUCUUCUUCUUCUUCUUCUUCUUCUACUGAUACAUAUCUAGAUAUCAUUCACAUUCUACGAGACCAUAAGAGCAUGCUACGGUAG